GAGCUGUUUUGGUCUUUGCUCGGUUCACGUUUCUGUUAAUGGUUCGUUGCCUUUUCCCUGAAGUUUCAACAGCAGCAAGUGGAUUUUCUUAACCUGCUCUUAUAGGUAACCAGUAUGACUCAGAAGCUGAUGAUUAUCGACACUGACUGUGGCAUAGAUGAUGCCCAGGCUAUAAUGCUGGCUCUUGCUUCAUCCAAUGUUAAGAUCUUGGGCAUCACCUGCUGCUUUGGAAACAGUGACGUGGACAAUGUUUGUCAGAAUGUUCUGCGUGUACUGUCUGUGUGUCAGCGUACUGAGAUUCCUGUUUUUCGAGGGGCAGCAAGCUCUUUGGUUGGAGCUCCGAAACCAUUCAAAGAUCAUUUCGGGACAGAUGGCUUGGGAGACGUUCUGCAGGACAGAGACUCAGAGACUUGGAAAUCACAAAUGCAGAAAGAGCAUGCAGUUAAUUCUUUGAUCAGACUGGUGAAUGAGCAUCCAGGGCAGGUUUCUCUUGUUGCUCUGGGACCACUCACGAAUUUAGCUCUGGCUGUUAGAGUGGACCCAAGCUUUCCCCAGAAGCUAAAGGAUUUUUACAUCAUGGGAGGCAACAUGGAAGGUAAGGGAAAUAUGAUGCCCUGUGCAGAAUUUAAUUUCUGUAUGGAUCCUGAGUCUGCCUAUAUAGUCUUGGAGGAAUAUGUGUGUCCAACACACAUAGCUACCUGGGAGUUUACCUGCAGGAACAAGCUCUCUUGGGAGUUCUUUGAUGAGCUGAUCUCACAAGACACCGCAGCUGCUCAUUUUAUGAAGGUGAUCACCUCCAAAUGUUGGGCUUUCUCCCGGGAGUCUGAAAGAACCGUGAAAGAUAUACUUUUCGGGUCAGGGUUCGUGCCCUACGAUUCCUUUGCUGUGGCAGCGUGCGUGGAUGACAGUCUGAUCACAGAAAGCAUAAAGUGUGGCGUUCGCGUGGAGAUCCAGGGGGAACUAGGCCGAGGCAUGAUGGCACUGGAUUUCACAGGCAAAAUGAAAAAUCAUCAAGUGUUUGUCAUGAAGACCUGCAACCUCGAUAAGUUCAAGUCCAUGCUCAUGGGUUCUUUACAGCAACCAUGAGGGGUUUUGUGGGUGAAGUUUUCCACAUUCUACUCAUAAGUUUUGGAUUUUAAAGAAAAAAAAUAAAACAAUGGUGCUUCUGAACUCAAAUCCAUGUUUAUGCAUCGUCAUGCAGUUCAGAUUUUUACCUCAGUAAAUGAAAAUGGAAUAUGUAAUUUUGCUCCAUAUUGAUUUUUCAGUAUUAAUAAAAGCCAGUACAAAAUCCAA